AUGGUAUUCCUGAAGAUUGCCCCAAUAAAAGGGGUGAUGAGGUUUGGGAAAAAGGGGAAAUUAAGCCCUCGAUAUAUUAGGCCAUUUGAGAUCUUAGAGAGGAUAAGACCAGUUGCUUAUCGAGGGGCGUUACCCCCAUCAUUAUCCAAAGUUCAUGACGUGUUUCACGUGUCAGUACUAAGAAAGUACAUGCCAGACCCUUCGCACAUGCUAAGCUAUGAACCUCUGGAGAUCAGAGACGCAUUAGCAUAUGAGGAGGUACCGGUUCAAAUUCUGGACCAGAAUGUACGAAAGCUACAUACUAAGGAGAUAGCAUUAGUGAAAGUGAUGUGGUGGAACCAUGUAGUUGAGGAGGCUUCUUGGGAGCUAGAGACAAAAAUACUUCAGAAGUACCCACAACUUUUCAGUGAGGAUCAGUAA